AUGGCUUACGCUCAAUGGGUUAUCAUCAUCAUCCACAACGUCGGUGCGAAGCCUCUCAAGCUCAAGAACCUGAAGCCGUCCUGGGGAAAGCUUCACGCCGACGGUGACAAAGAUACAGAAGUCUCCGCCAGCGCCUACGAGGGCAAGGUCAUCGGGCCUGACGAGAAGCUCCAGCUCAACGCGUGCGGCCGUUCGGAUGCGGCCGAAGGCACCACGGGUACCUUUGACCUCGUCGACCCCAGCGAGGACGACAAGGGUAUUCGCCACUUCUACUGGGACUGCCCAUGGGGCAGCAAGACGAACACCUGGACCGUCAGCGGGUCGAACACCAAGUGGAUGAUUGAGUACAGCGGCCAGAACUUGGACAGCGGCGCUCUCGGUACCAUCACUGUUGACGCUUUGCGCAAGGGUGUUUAA